AGCUUACGUGCAUGCUGGCGAUCCAAUCCAAUUGCUCAAAGUUCAAAUCCUAUUCCACUUUGCAGCUUCACUUCUGGUACACACACACGCUUGCAUGCCUUCCUUUCCUAUUACAGUCCUAUAGUGUUUGACGUACCUAUCAAAUCUCUUCUAUAUAUAAACCGUUUCUGAGUUGGUUGACAGGACCACAAUUGCACCUUUGGCCCUCUCCGUUUCAAUCGAGGUACCUCUGUCACGUCGCACAAAGUCAACCCUCCAACAUGGCGCCAAUCGACGAGAUCUGCCCCGAUUGGGUAUUCUGCAUCAGCUCAAACAUUCACGUCUGCCGUGACCGCGCCUGGUUCGUCGAGUACACGCCCUUCUCCACAUAUGUAUCCUGCGACCCCUCGAGCCCCGACCUGGGCGUCCUCGGCGUCGGCACCGUCCUCGUCCCGGUCGAAUCCGCCCCCGGUGCCACGGCACCUACCCAGAUCCGCCUCGUGUCCGUCCUGCACGCCCCGUCGGCUCGCGUCAACCUCAUCGGCGGCAUGGCCAUCAUGGCCAACGGCGGCAGCUUCUCGCUCGGCGGCGCCCAAGGCCGCGGCGGCCUGUACGACGCCAGCGGGAGGCAGGUCGCGUACUUUUCGCGGGACGCGGCCAACCCGCGGCUGAUGGCCAUCAAGCUGUGGGGCAGUUGGCCGUCGAGCAGGACGCAGCAGGGCGGGCUCGAGGCGGUGGUCAGCGGCGCCCACUGGGCGACGCAGGAGCGGGAGAGGUGGUGCCGGUUCGUCGAGAGGUUGAAGAUGCUGCAGCAGGCCCCCGUUGCGACCAAGCGCAAGGCCUCGGUGAGCUACGACGCCGACCCGUGCGGCGCCGAGGAGAGGCGGCAGUGCAAAAGGCAACUCAACGGCGGCUACCGGCUGCCGAUGCAACACUCGUUUUCCGAGGCAAACAACAGCUGGGACACGAGGCAACAGGUUAUGUUGGAUGUCAUGGUCGAAUGAGUGGGAGGGACUGUAAGCGGAGGAUGGGAUUGGUUUUUGGAGCAUGAGUUUUUUUAAGGGAUGCAUCAUCAUUUGUUUUACGAGUUAUCAGUAAUAUUUUCGGCAUGUGCCCUCGCUAGAUAGAGCAUCAUUUCGGGGCGCACAAUACAAGGAGCAUUUACGUUUCCACCCA